GAACAAGAGCUUCUCAACCGGCUGAAGGAACUGGAAGAUAUGAAGGAGCUUGAGAGGCGCGCUGAGGAGCUUCAGAGCCGCAGCGCCCCUGACGCUGCUGAAGAGGAGGGCGAGGGGGGCGGCGAGGACGAGAGCGAGGAGGAAAAGCGCGAGCGCGUCCGUCGUGAGCUCGAGAAGCUGGCCAAGGAGCAGGCGGAGCGGAGGGAGACGGCCAAGCUAAUGUUUGAGCUGGGACAAAAGGCAUAUGGCAAGGGCAUGUAUUCCAGGGCCAUCGAAUUUUUAGAAGCAGCUCUCACCAUUAUCCCUAGGCCAACACUCUUUGGUGGAGAGAUUCAAAUUUGGCUUGCAAUGGCUUAUGAGGCCAACAAUAGACACAGGGAUUGCAUUGCUCUCUAUCAACAAUUAGAGAAGAAGCACCCUAGUGUUAGCAUCAGACGCCAAGCUGCAGAGCUUCGGUAUAUUUUGCAAGCACCAAAGCUCAAAAUAUAUGAGGAUGAGAUGGUCACAAUUCCACUAAUUGGCUCUAGCUAUGACAGGAAGAAUGACUGUGAUUUUCAUGCUUUCAGCUAUAUGUUUCCUUACAUCAACUUGAAAGGGACAUCGGACGGGAGAACCGUCCGGUUAAACACUUGGUACCCAGCGGUACAUAGGGGUACCGAGUUGGGUACUCAGCAAUGGGGUGACGUGGCAUACGCAGGAACCUGGAGCGACAAAUACAAAGAUGGGGGUCAGGGAAAGAAGUUUGUUAGCACUACCAACCAACUUCCAUCAUCGAGGGACUUCUUGGGCGACUUCAUGGUGUGGAGACCCCCAGUUGGAUUAGAGAAGAAUCCUGCCUUCUGGACUCUGCUUGCUUUUUGGAUGGGUUUGGUAGGAACUGCCUUUCUGCUGCAAAGAUAG